AUGGCCGAAAACUUAAAGGAGGAAAUAAAGAUAGAAAACGUUGACAUUAAAGAAGAAAUCCUUAUAUCCUCUACUGUAGAGAAUACAUGUAAUGUCUAUAUGAAGGAGGAAGAUAUAAAGAAUGAAUCCCAAGAUCUUGUAAAUAAGAGAGAUCCUCUUCCAUCUUUAGAGAAGAAGAAGAAGAAAUUAGAAGAAAAACGAUAUCAGUGUGAUAAAUGUGAGUAUUCUGCAACUAGAACAAAUCAUCUUAAAAGACAUAUUGAGAGUAUGCAUGAGGGGGUGAGAUAUCCUUGUGACAAAUGUGAGCACACUGCAACUGCUGCAAGUGACCUUAAGAAACAUAUUGAGAUAAAGCAUGAUGGAGUGAGAUAUCCUUGUCAUGAAUGUGAGUUUGCUUCAACCUCAGCACAGAGUUUAAAAAUACAUAUUGAGAGUAAACAUGUCGGGGUGAUCUAUUCCUGUGAUAAGUGUGACUACACUACAACAUCAACUAACUAUCUUAAAAGACACGUUAAGAAUAAUCAUGAAGGAGUGAAAUAUACCUGUGAUCAAUGUGAAUUCGCUUCAACUACAAUAAGGGUUCUUAAAAUACAUAUUGAGAGUAAACAUGAAGGAGUGAGAUAUCCCUGUGACCUAUGUGAGUUCGCUGCAACUAGGUCAAAUCAUCUUAAAAGUCACAAAGAGAAUAUACACAAAGGAAUGAGAUAUCCUUGUGAUAAAUGUGAGUACGCCGCAUCUGGCCUAGGCAAUCUAAGAAAACAUAUUGCGAAUAAACACGAAGGAAUUAAACAUCCAUGUGACAAAUGUAAGUUUGCUGCGGCUACAAAAAGUUCACUUAAGAAACAUAUUGAGAGAAAGCAUGCAAAAUGA